AUGGUUUGCCAGAUUGACCUAGCGACUCUAUUCGUCGUCUUCCUUCUGUUUAUCUUCGUCUUCCUCUUGUUCAUCUUUAUCUUCCUCCUGUUUAUCUUUGUCUUCUUCCUGUUUAUCUUUGUCUUCCUCCUGUUUAUCUUCGUCUUCCUCUUGUUUAUCUUCAUCUUCCUCCUAUUCAUCUUCGUCUUCCUCCUGUUUAUCUUCGUCUUCCUCCUGUUCAUCUUCGUCUUCCUCCUAUUUAUCUUCAUCUUCCUCCUAUUUCUCUUUAUCUUCCUUCUGUUUAUCUUCAUCUUCCUCCUGUUCAUCUUCGUCCUCUUCGUCUUGGUCAUUUCCAUCUUCCUCUUGCUUAUUAUCGUUCUGAACAACAACGCCGGGACGGUGCUCCGUGUAUAA